UUGCACGCUGGGAUCUCCGCUUGCUAGGAGGCAUGGCUGAGUCCACUCCCGCCGGGUGGCCUUUAGCCCCCGAGCUGACUUCCGUGCUGGGGACUCCGGGCGAAACUGCCCCGCCGCAGGACAACUGGGUGUACUGGGCCAUGCUGCCACCGCCGCCACCUCCUCUGUCGUCCCCGGCGGCGGCGGCGGCGGCGGCGGCGGCGGAGUCUGAGCCGUGCCAGACGGGACAGCCCCACGUGCAGACCCAGCCUCUCUCUGGAGCGCUUCCCCCGUUCGACGCUCAGAUUCUUCCCGCGGCGCAGCCUCCUUUCGAUGCCCAGGUUCAACCUCAGUUCAGCGGCCAGCCGGCCUGGAACUUCCAAGCCUCGACGCCUUGGUACUGGGGGCUGUCUCCUAAUGGAUUCCCUACGUAUCCCAUGUCCUACUACUACUCUUCGGUUACACAGUCUUAUUUUCCACGAACACAAGAUGCAACAGUCAAUGGCUUCAGUUUGCCCCAAAACAGAAAACAGAAAAAGAAGAAAAGAAAGGAACCAGUUUUCCACUUUUUCUGUGAUACCUGUGAUCGUGGCUUUAAAAAUCAAGAAAAAUAUGACAUACACAUGUCUGAACAUACAAAAUGUCCUGAAGUGGACUGUUCCUUCAGUGCACACGAGAAGAUUGUCCAGUUCCAUUGGAAAAAUAUGCAUGCUCCGGGAAUGAGGAAGAUCAAACUAGACACACCAGAAGAGAUUGCAAGAUGGAGGGAAGAAAGAAGAAAAAACUACCCAACUCUGGCCAAUAUUGAAAGGAAGAAAAAGUUACAGCUUGAAAAGGAGAAGAGAGGAGAAGUCUUGACAACAACACAGUAUGGCAAAAUGAAAGGCAUGUCCAGACAUUCCCAGAUGGCAAAGAUCAGAAGUCCUGGUAGACAUCCCAGAUGGAAAAAUGGUAGGGCUAGACAAAGAGCAGCCACUGGACUAGGCAGCCAUGCCGGAGAUGCUAAGGCCGAAGCUCCGUCCGCAGACCCUCUCGGUACUUUGAUACGCAGUGACUCUGAGUCUGACAAAGAGGAGAAACCACAAAGGACUAUAGUACCUAAGGAGGUGACACCGGCCCUGUGUUCACUGAUGAGCAGCUACGGCAGUGUUUCUGGGUCAGAGAGUGAACCAGAAGAAAUCCCUAUCAAGACUGAAGCAGAUGUUCCUACAGAAAACCAUGUUUUCCAUAGCAGCCCUCCUAAGAGUCCAAGACAAAAUGUUAAAAUAGCUGGUAGAAUUGUCGCAAGAGCCAAGUGGGAGAGCCAGAGGAUUGGUUUCAGGAAGAUGGCCCUUAAGAGGAAAAAGAGUUACUACCACCCGUUAUUUGAACCAAGGACACAUCACCCAUACCUCCUGGAAAUGCUUCUAGCUCCAGACAUUCGACAUGAAAGAAAUGUGAUUUUGCAGUGUGUUCGGUACAUCAUCAAAAAAGAUUUUUUUGGACUUAAUACUGAUUCUGUGAAAACUGAAGGUGUAAGUGAAGCAUGAAAGAGAGCAGCAUCCUCGUAAGCAGAGAAAACCAAGACCUUUUCAAGGCCGGAUCAGUGUGGAACUGUAAGCCUCAUGGCUGUUAGCUUGGAUUUUAAGUCUGACCUUUGGCUUUAUGCAAAUAAACACACAGCUGGUCUUUUUAAAGAGUGUGUCCCUGUUACUGGGGUGGUAACCAAGCAGGGCUUCUUAGCUUUCCUCUCAGGGCCUCUUUUGCCCAAGGAAUGUUUGUAUGAACUCAGACUUACAUAAAUAUACAAGACAGGUAUACAAAUCAAAGAUAGAAGGACAAAAGGAAAUUAUUUUAAAAUAGUUCUUUGGCGUGCAUAUGAUUUCAUCAUUCAUUAAAGAGGAGCAUAUUAGCAUAUUAAUGAGGUAGAUGUAUCUGUCUGUUUUUAUAGAAGAAUCACAUCUUGGCUGAAUAUUUGAUGCCACAUGAUGCCUAACAUCUUCAUGGUUUUCCAGAGUUGAUUGACAUUUUGAUUUUGUAGUUGUUAAUGCUGAAAAUGCUGCUUUGCAUAAGUAGGUAGUACAAAAUGGUAGAAUUAUGCAGAGGGCCAUUUCAGAAGAGCUGGAAAUUCUGCCCUAGUCUCAAGCCAGAAUCCAUGUAAGGAUUUUUAUGAAACUCAAAUCAGCAAUGCAAACAGCAGUUUUUAAAAUCAAACACCAUGCAGCCUAAUGAUAGAUUAAUUUGAUACAAACACGUGAAGCAUAGCAUCAGAAAAUUACUCCAUGUCUUUGUUUUCUGUAACUAACCCGUAAGAGCAGAAAACUGUAAACGUAGGAAGAACACUGCAGUCCACAGUCUCCCAGCUGUCUGGGAUCCGAGCUGAGGCUUGGGGAGCAUUUGGUGCGGUGGUAUGAUGGUCGGCACAGUGCAAACUGUGUGUUCAGAGUUAAAACCACAGUGAGGGCACAUGAUACAGCACUGGCAUGUACAGCCGGCCACUUUGGAUUCAUUACAGCUUGGAUUUUGAAUGAUUUGUGGUCAUAGUUCAUUUGCACUUUUUCCUGUUGCCACACUCAGUUGCACACACCCACAGCUGAAGGAGCCAGUGUGUAGCAUUUGCUGGGAGAACCUUCCAUUUCUGUAUGUUCUUCUGGAUUACUGUCAUGUAAGUAAGGCAGACUGUGGUAGGUUUAAUUAAGAAGUGAAGACGCUGGGUAGCAACAGGCAACACUUUUUUAAAUGCUUAAUUUAGCUAGACAUAAUCAGGCAGGGAGAUAUAUUUUGUUUUAAUCAAAAGCAUUGGGGUUUUUUGUUUCUUUGUU